AUGACAACAGGAAGUGAUGAAAUCAUAGCCCGAGGUCUCUGUCUGCUGCUCAGACCAGACAUGCCCAGUCGACAUCCAGACACCAUGAAGGUGGCCCCUCUGCUCGUCCUCCUCGGUGUGUGUGUGCUGCUGCAGUCUGCACUGACUGUUUCUGCAGUGUCUCUGUCUGUCAGCCCAAACCUUCAGCAGUUCUUCAGUGGACCUUCUUCAGUGUAUCUGAGUUGUGUUGAUGAUGGACCGACAGUUGAUGGAUGGACAGUGAAGAGGACCAGAGGAGGACUCACUGAGGACUGUGGAGCAGCUGCAGGUUUUGGGGAGUUUAAAAGUUACACCUGCAUUUUCUCAGACAUCUCCGAGUCAGACUCUGCAGGUUACUGGUGUGAAACCAGUUCUGGACAGAGGAGUGAUCAGAUCAACAUCACUGUAACUGAAAAACAUCUUAUCCUUGAGGUUCCUGCACUUCCUGUGAGGACAGGAAGUGAUGUCACACUGCGCUGCAGACAAAGGAAUGGUGACACAGUUCAGGGUUAUUUCUCCAUCAAAGGAAGUUCUGUUGGUCCUAAGCGAGAGCACAGCAUCACUAACAUCACGCAGGCUGAUGAAGGUCUUUACUGGUGCUCUACUGAUGACGGUGGAAAGUCUCCUCAGAGCUUUCUGAGGGUCAGAGAUCCUCAUCCUCCUCAAAACCCAUCUCCUCCUCUCCUCCUGUAA